AUGGCAGACGAUGAUGAAGAAGACUACCUGUCCUCCAACCGAUCCUACCAGAUUUCACUGCCCACGAUACCAUCGGCCUUGGUCAGACAGGAGGGCACGGAAAACGACCCAAAUGGCGACGUCGUCGCUGGCCAUGGAAUGGAGGACAAUUUACCAACAAGAACAACAAGAGGCGCGUGGAAAAAGGAAACUGAUCCGCAAACCGGCACCACGUUCUACCACAACACCGUCACUCUCGAAUCCCGGUGGGAACGGCCGGCAGACAUGCCAACGGCAGGUGCUGAUUCCAAAGCGGAUACUUCUUCGGGAAGCAUCACCACCCCGUCACAUUUGGACUCGAGUAGUGCGAACCCCUCAAUCCUUCAGGCGAAACUGCCACAACAGGGUGCGUCGUUGGUCAGUUUAGCACCAGCUCUGAUCCGGGCAAAAAGAAAGUGGCGGGCGCUCGUGGACAGCGACACAGGUAGCACAUACUAUGUUGACGAAGCCACCGGUGUGUCCCAGUGGGAACAACCAUCACCUACAGAAGUCGCGCUACCGACAGAAGCUGUUCUUGAUAGCCCUACCGAGGCACCGUUAACCCCGAGCCCAUAUCAGCAGGCCCACCAAGCGGAGACCUCCUUGAUCGGAGUGGUACCAGCCUUGCUGAGAGCCAAACAAAAGUGGCGUAGCCUUGUGGACACCAACACGGGUAGCACGUACUACGUAAACGAGACCACCGGGGCGACGCAGUGGGAGAAACCGCCAGAGAUUGAUGGCUGUCAGGCACCUGACGACGGUGAUACGGCCCAAGGCCCGCAGAUGGAAACCUCAGCGGUUGUUGGCGCGGAGACUGCGACAAGCGUACCGAGCGAAAACGAAAAUGAGAAUCGCAACGCGUUAGCAACCGGUGGUUUUACUGACCAAAGACAUGAUGCACUUGCGACGCCGAGAGUCUUUGAAACCGACGACUUGUCGAAGUUGCCGGGAACAGGAGAGGAGGUUCCUGCAAGUGGGCAGGCUCACGACAAUAGUGGCGGCGGAAACACCAGCACGUCGAAUCCGGACCCGUUUCUGCAGAGGGUAGACUCGAACUCCACUUUGUCCACGUAUGGCGGGGAGCUUGACUCUCUGGCGAAAUAUGUCACUGGUCACUCGUCCACGCUCGACAGAGGAGCAGUUGUUAGCAUCGAAGUCCCGAGGGAGGACAGAGAAGCAGCGAGUCCCGCAGAUAUAGACGAAGACGCAUCGCACUCGACGGACGCAGAAUCGUCUGCGGGAAGCAAUCACUCAGGCCCGGGGUUGGAAAGCAAGAAUUGGGAAGAGGAGACCUCCAAACACUCCACUUCUUCUAAGCAUGCACCCAUCGCUGAAAAUAGCACGGAAACGCCUUCGUCGGGUGUUGAUGCAGGCGAUUCGUUCAAGGAAGAACCCUGUUACGGGGAAGAACAAAAACACGACCAGACCGCAGAAACCACGGCCAACAGCAGCGUUUCUAGCAGUGUCCAGAGUGUCAGCCAUUCGCUGGCGUCGGUUGUCUCGGUCGAUAGUCUAGGUCAGCCAACAUCUGCUGACGACCUCGACGCGAAAGAACAAAAAACAUCUAUCUGUCAGCAGCAUUCCCCUCCACAAGAAGAAUGUCCCGGUAGUGAGGCCGAGUCAACAUCGCGUUUGGCAGGGGAAGAUGGGACGGAAGGAGACACAGGUAACGUCUCAACAGCGCAAGAUUUCGACCGACCCGACGAUCUACGACGGCGAUCAAGUCCACCUGGGGAGCCUGUCACUUCCAGCGGCAAUGAGGGAACCGGAGAGGUACUUCACAACGAGAGAUCAGCAGGGAAUUUGUCCGCCCUACCCGACCUUGGACCCAUAAAAGUAGCCUCAGAACCGUCCAGCGACAGCAGCACGAACGACGCGUCACCCGUUACGGAAGUGCUGGAAGGAGACGGCGGGAGCUUAGACAUCGUCCCUUUCACCGCGAAACAGCCAUCUAGACUCUCUUUCGACGACGUGGCUGCCGCAACGUUCGCUCUUCAGCGCCUGCAAGCGGGCAUGCUGCGCAGGCGACAAUGUGCCGCGAUCGUGGAGCUCCAGGCGCAAGCCAGGGGCUGGGCGGCGAGGCGGUUACAUUCAAGGCUGGUCGGGCGUCGCGAUAGUAGGCGACGAGAAGAACUGGAAGCAAAGCAACGAGCGGCCACGACGAUCCAAGCGGUGGUACGGGGUCGCAUGGGAAGGAGAGAAGCGCUACUAUGGCAAGCACAGCGAGACAGCCAACGCUCGCGGAAUAUGCUCAAAGAGAGCGAUAGCAAGAUCGACGACAACGAAAUGGAGCGUAUCACAACGUCCAACGGAAUGGACGAUCUUGACGACGUGUCCAACAUUCAGGGCACGGUAGUUCUUCUUCACUCGAAGCAAGAGUGCAACAUCGAAGACAUAGCACAAUCACCGCGCUCUGUCCCAGAAGAAACGACGGCGAAAUCAACUACCGGUGGUGGUCAAGAAGAGGCUGAAACGUACGAUGGGAGCGUUGACGGAGAGGCGAGCUUGAACGGAUGGAAUGAUCGCGCCGAUCUCGUUGACAGCAAUAGUAACACAACUUCGGAAGAAGGGUCGCCAUCUCGAGAAGAUGGCCAUACCUAUGCCUUGAGCGAACACGAGCACUGUUCCGAGCUAGACCGUGAUGGAUCUCCAGUAGGAAUUGAUGCCUACGGUUGCAUGGGAACAGGGUACGAGUCGGCACCUCUGGGAACAAUUGACGAGGAAGGAUUUCAGCGAAACGGCUACCUUGGGGGCGGAGGAGGAGCAACACCGCCAAACGCCGAGGUUCUAUCCUCGAAUGCUGAUGGACCACCCGGCGAAAACGACGAUACUGCUGUAUCCUCCUCCAAAGGGUCUCGGCGACAACAAGAUGCAGACGCUUCAGAGGAUGAGCGCAGUGCUUCCCACAAUGCCUACUAUGGUUUUGACCAAGAAGUGAGCACAGAAGAUGUCGCCAACACGGACGACAAUGAUUCGGACGAAAGAAUGUACAACAGUAGUCGAACCACCAUGAGUUCGGAAAGGACUUCCGGGGAGGGAGGAAUUCCGUCAGAUUUAACGUUUUCGGAAGGCAAUGAUGACCACAGCGGAUCUUCGUCCGAAGACGGUUACUUGCGUCAACAUUCCGUCAGGCCGGAGGACGAGGAGGCACAACAACAACAACAACGACAACGACAACGACAACAACAACAACCUCCAAAAACGACCUUUGGUGAUGACAAGACAGCUGGCGCAAGUGCUGGCGUGGACCGUGAAAUGGACAUAAAAAGCGAGGGCAACAUUUCACGCACAAAUGGCGGCGAACUCGAUUACGAAGGGGAGGAAAUGGAAAGCUUAGAGCAUGAGGCCGAGGAGGAAAAGACCAGAAAAGGAAUCUAUCUCGAUACGACGGCCCCGCUGGAAAGCCUUGAGGUACUACGCACCCUGGUGGUGGCACAGGCGCAGGCUGCUGCUCGAGCGACCAUGACUGCCGCCGGGACGGAUGCGUCUAAGCGCGAAGCAAUCAGAAUCAGGUACGGCAUGCAUGCACGUGCCCAGGCGGCGUCAAAACGCGCUCGUAUGUAUGAUCACUUCAAGUGGGUGUCUCCGGCUCUCGAACUAAAGUCAAAGGGUUUGGGGCACUGCCAAUCGCAUACUAGUCUUGUCAGGGAUCUUGCUGCUCAGCAAGCACAAGCUGCGGCGAAUUUCAGAGAGGCCAUACGGCACUCCAUCGCGGUAGAUAACGGCGAUGACGACUCGAGUACGACCGCUUCAGGUGCUUCACCACUCGAGAUAGGUGUGGUAGGAACCUCGCCUUGCCUCGCACAGGAGGUCAAAGUGGAUGAGAUCCCACCUGUUGGCAUGAGCCACAACCCACCCCAACCGAGUAGCGAUUUCACGACAGAGGAUGGGGAAGAAGGCAGUCGAGGAAAGGGCGAACCCCGUGUGUACGAUGCUGACAACCGAGAAAAGGAUAAAGAAGAUCGGAAAAAGUCCGACCAACCGCCCACGAUACGCCAAGAUGAGCUGCAAGGUGCGUGGGAUUUCUCCCAGGAUGAUAAAACAGGCGAUGCGCGCAAACGAAGUCGGUCGAGGGACAACGAUGCCGCCGAGCGAAGCAAUCCAAAGCAACGUGCACCGAUAAAACGCACCAGCGCCUCCACAGACACCUGCGACACCACCACGAGUGGAGCUGCACAUGCGCUCGCGUCGGACGUCAGCCGGCUCGCGUCACGGCAAAGCGAGGUGGUUAGCGAGGUUCUCCAGGAGUCUUCAUCGGAAGAUGCGAGGGGUACCCUGCCGGCAGAUCCGCGAACGUUUCACCGGAAGUUUCCGAAGGUGCUCGAGGCGCUGGCGGUGCUUGGGCCUUCGGUGGGGUUGCAGGCGAAGGCCGUCGGACUGAUGGAGGAGGUUGUCGAACGCACGGAUCAUUCGCGGAUGCCGCGUUUCACGCAAACGACGCACCAAAGUUCCCGCUUUCUUGUCAAAACCGACCAGAUCGACGCACGGAUGGAGGCACGAGCCGCACGGAAGGGAAGAAUAGGUCGCCUCGCGGAGUCGCUGGCGGAGGAUGCGAAGCUGGUGGCGGCUAGGCAUCAGCAUACGGCCGCGAGAAUGGAGGUGGCUCCAGACCCCGCAACUGCAAGGUUUGUCGCCGACGACAUCCGGCGACUAACCCUGGUGCAAGAAAAGCUGGCAUGUCGGCCCGCCUUGUUGGGGGUCAGCGUUCAAUGGUUAAUGGAGCACGAGCCAUGGGAACAGGUUCAGCAAUUCAUUCUGACGGCGAGCGGGGCUGUUUUCAACAGCCCCGGAGGGGACAACUCACAUUCGAUCAACAAUGUGCAGCACGCCACCAUCGACAACGGGAGUAGAACCGCUGUCACCGGUUCUGCCGCUACGGUUUCUAACGCAGCGGCCGAGACGGACAUGACCGAAGCCAGUAUGAAGGAAACUAGGACGACCGAAACGGCACAAGGCCGGCUUGGUAGGCUUGCUGCCGCCGUGGUGAAAAAACUCCGGAGUGGGGUCGACAUCGGGAGCGUCGCCGCCGCCCGCGCUCAAGCCAUCCGCAGGGGGAGUCAGGCGGGUAGACUCGCCGAUGAGUUAAGACUCAUAGCUUCGGGCCAGGCCGCUGCCUCGCUGGCCCUGGGCGACGCUGGGGCACAGCUCAUCGCGGACGCCGAGGCCGAAAAGCCGCUUCCCCGAGAAUACGCCUUGUCUCGUAGUUCAAGCACUCAUGACCAUCACGCCUCGGUCAGAACGCAUUGUGGAAAGCUUCAGGAAAUCAAUCGCAUUUCAGAAAACGACCUCGGAGAGAGAUUCGAGGGCAACAGGAGGGGUAAGGGACUCGCCAAUGCGGCUGCCGUUGUUGUUGGACACACGCAUGAAGCCGUUGUAAUCGCCCCGGAAACAGCUAGUAUUCUACCCAACGGCCUAGGAGCCGAGACCGGCAAUGAAAUCGUACCAAGAGGGCCGUCCUCGCCUCUAGCAGCAGCUAGUGUCACUGGCUCAAGCAUGGCUAUCGAGAUGGCAGCCCAGGAGGAGGAAAUCGCCGCUGCGGCACGAAUACAAUCAUUUCUUAGGCGGCGUCGAAGACAUGGUAGGCUGGGAAUAGUUCCCGGCGGUUUUUCGACAGAGAGGGCCACGGUUGUGCCGGUCUUACCAUCUGCAGCCAACUCGUCGGGUGAACUCUGCAACGCCGGCAGCAGCAGAAGUAGAGCUACCGCUCACUGGUUCCUCCUGGCAUUGCGGUCCCUGCGACGGGAGGUCGAUAACUUCUUACUCGGCGGAACCGGAGUCGAUGUUGCUCGUGGCUGUAGUAGCGACGAUGGAUCAGCAGCACCCUCCGUGUCGCAUAAAGAAGUAGAAGCACAAAAACCGGAUCUGGGGGACAACGCAGGUGCCAGCGGUCCGGACGAAGGUGCCGACAAAGCAGACGGCGUGGACGGCAAUUCGGACAACGACGGUGACGACACCGAGCCCGAAUCAUCGGAAGACUGCCCCGACGACGACUGGCCCACAUUCCCACCCUUGCCUUUGCGCGCGCGGGCUCCGUCGCUGUACACCCUCCCUCCUCCUAGCAGCGGCUCAUUGAGGAGGAAACCUCGCGACAGCAGCGAGAGGGCGCCCGGUGUUCCUGCAUCGAAGGGCCCUUUCACGAAGCUUGACCCUGAGGUGGCCGCUCGCCUUCACUCGGCGUCGUCGGUAUUCUGCCUCCGAGCAUCCGACGUCUUAACUGCCUUCUCGCCACCCCCGCCACCGCCUUCUCCUUCCCGUCUGAUUGCGCGGACCGCAACAUCGAGCGAUUCUUUGCCAAGUUCGCGCCCCUCCGUCAUUCCUGGGACCUCCGCCGGCCGCGAAGGCACCCGUGGUUUUCCCAGACUGUCGUCGCCGGAAAUCCUUCGGCAGAGGCUGCGGGUGGAGGCACAGGACGCUUCCCUCGCCGGUCUUGGCCGACCGUGGCUGCUGUCUUCCCAUGCGAAUCGCCUACCGACUCGCCACAAGCAGGAACAAGUACGCUCAGCUUUUCUCCGGAAGAAAGGAAGCUCGCGUAAACCUAUCAGGGUGUGGGGUGGUUGUGGUGGCAUCGAUCUGGUCAGGGAAAAGCGGCGGCGAACUGAUGCUUUCGGUCCAUUGACACCCCUAGGCCAACGCUUGGCCAGACGGUACAACGCCGGGGUGGCCGCUAGAAGACGACGUAUUCUCGGGGAGACAGAUGCAUUCCGGGCGGUGCACGUUGGGAGGCAGCUGAGGAUCGGGGCCUCUUUGAACGCCCUCGAGAGGGUGGAGCGCGCUCUGAACGCGCGCCUAUCCUGUGCGAGAGAGGCAAAGGUUUCUUCAGCCCACAUUGCGGAGCUGCUGGAUGUUGUGGGCCGUUUCGUUUUCUCGGACUCGCAGGUGGGGAGGCAGUUGAAGGCAUCGCUCCCCAACGAAGUCGUUGUCGAAUAUGUCAGGAAGGGCGACCCCAAUCAGUACAAUGCCCACGCCGGGUGGGGAAAAGACGCCUACAACAUGAGUCUCGAACGUGUCGUUUCUACGGAGGAUGCAGAAGAGGCACCAUCACCGCCAUCGGCAGUGGUGGGCACAACCGGUUUAAGGGUGAGGAACGGUGAUGAUGCGGGUGCCAGCCACGGUGGAGCAACGAUGUCGUGGCCGUCGCCUUCGGAAAACGCAGGCGGUGAAAAUUGCCCGACACCCGGUUUGCUCCCACCAGUAUCCACGCUGGAAUCCGUCGAGGAGGACACGCCCGCCACAGGAUCAUUUCGAUACCGGCGGGGAGCGGCAGGCUUGAUGCAAUCGGCAGCUGUAGUACCGGGUGGUAAACGGCGGGGUAGUAGGGUGGGCGCGAAGCCGCCCACGAAGCCUGAUGCCGUGGCCGCUGCCUUCUCGGCUCACCUUCACGGCGUCGACAAGUACCCGUUGGAGUUGGCUCGACUUUGCCGGUUCGCGCAGUUCCUGACGGAGAACGAACUCCUUCGAGAGGCGUACGAGGCCGUGCGACAUGUCAAAGAGGCUGUGCGAACCGUCGCGGACAACAGCACCAAAGCUGGUCGCGACAUGAGGUACACUCUUCCUACGUUGCUGUAG